AUGGAAAGAUGCUUAGAAGUAGAACAAUUCAUGUUCUAUGGCAUGUGUCAGUGUGUAGAUUCAUUCCUAUUUGUCUACACAUUCCUACCAUUACGGGCGUUAGUCACAUUAAAAUCAUUAAUUUGUAGUUCCUUAUCAAAAUUAAAGGACAAUCAUGGAAGAAAAUACUUAUCUGCUGCAGGAAUUUGUGACUUACGAAAGAUAGCAGUACUAAUGAAAUGUUUAAUGAUGUUAUUACCAAGGGAUACUUCAAUGAUAUAUCACGUAAUUAAAAGCCAGACGGUUAUUAAGUUAUAA